AUGCAUAAUACUACGGUUGGUGCAAUUGUAUAUGAAGUAUGUGACGCAAUAUGGAAUAGACUAUCGACAACACAUUUAUCUAUUCCAACUCCAGAAGAUUUUUUAAGUAUAGCAAAUGAAUUUAAUGUGAAAUGGAACUUCCCACAUUGUAUUGGCUGUAUAGACGGAAAACAUAUACGUUUACGAAGUCCUACUCACUCUGGGACUAUGUAUUAUAAUUAUAAACAUUUUUUUUUCAUCGUACUACAAGGUGUAUCUGAUGCCAAUUAUAAAUUUAUAUUUGUUGAUGUUGGAGCGUACGGAAAACAAAGCGACGGAGGAACAUAUGCAUCAUCAACUUUGUCAACUUUUAUAAAUAAUGAAAAUAAUCUACCAAAAUCAUCUAAUUUGGAGGGAACAUCUGCAGAAGUACCGUUUUUUAUGUUAGGUGAUGACGCUUAUCCAUUAAAACAUAAUAUUAUGAAACCCUUUUCUAAACGACUAUUAUCAAAAGAAGAACGUAUUUAUAAUUAUCGUCAUGCUCGUGCCCGUAGAUGUGUAGAAAAUGCUUUUGGAAUUAUGGUAUCAAAAUGGAGACUCUUGCAUAAACCCAUUGAAACAACAGUAGACAAUGCAAUUAAAAUAGUUCAGUGUAUUUGUCUUUUACAUAACCUUAUAAUAGAUAAAGAAGGGCAACCAUGUGCACAAACACUAAUAUCUGCUGCGAGUUCGUAUGAAAACGAUAGAAAUGAAAAAAAUGUAAGGACAAAUGUAAUAAGACCAUUUAAUCGGAGUUCAAACUUGGCGACUUUCGUAAGAGAUACAUUAAAAAAUUAUUUUAUUAGUCCUAUAGGAUCGAUUUCAUUUCAAGAACAGUAUGCAAACGUUCAAAAGUAG